AUGGACACCUAUGAUGAGAAACCCCCCCUCGAACCACAGACCACAACCGGCGGCGGUAGCGUUCUCAAUGGCAGUGUCACAUACACGAGCCAGCUACACCGACGUCUCGGUAACCGCCAGAUCCAACUCAUCGCCAUCGGAGGCUCCAUUGGCACGGCCGUCUUUGUCUCCAUCGGCACAGGUCUAGCCCACGGCGGCCCUGCGAGUCUACUACUGGCCUAUACCUUGUAUUCAUGCAUGGUUGGCCUGGUCAACAACUCCAUGGCCGAGAUGGCGACUUUCAUGCCAGUUUCUGGCGCUUUUAUCCGCAUGGCUGGUCGUUGGGUUGAUGAGUCGUUUGGUUUCAUGGUUGGCUGGAACUUUUUCCUCUACGAAGCCCUCCUUGUCCCCUUUGAAAUCUCGGCUCUCAAUGUCGUCUUAAAAUUCUGGAGAGAUGAUAUACCCGUUGCUGCUGUUGUAGCUGCUUGCAUCGUACUCUAUGGUGUCAUCAACGUAGGCGCCGUUAAAUGGUUCGGCGAGGCUGAAUUCUGGCUCUCCCUCGGAAAGGUCCUCCUCUUCUUUAUCCUCUUCUUUUUCACAUUCAUCACAAUGGUAGGAGGAAAUCCAGCCAAAGAUGCAUAUGGGUUCAGAUAUUGGCAGAAUCCAGGGGCUUUCGCCGAGUACAUCACCACUGGUGACCUCGGACGCUUCGAGGGUUUUCUGGGUUCUCUCUGGAUCGCAGCUUUCACCGUUGUGGGCCCUGAAUAUGUGUCCAUGAUUGCGGGAGAGGCCAAGCUGCCUCGUCGAUAUCUCAAGAACGCCUUCAAGACCACCUAUGUCCGGUUUGGCAUCUUCUUUAUCCUCUCGGCCCUCUGCGUUGGUAUUGUUCUCCCUUAUAACGACCCUACGCUUGUUGGUAUUGUCAGCGGAACUGGUGAGGGUGCUGGAACUGGAGCUGCCUCUCCCUAUGUCAUUGCCAUGGGAAACCUUGGCAUUGGAGUCUUACCUCACAUCACCAACGCCCUCUUGGUGUCCAGUAUCUUCUCUGCUGGAAACGCCCUGACAUACUAUGGCACUCGAAGUCUCUAUGGUUUGGCUCUUGAGGGCCAAGCCCCUAGAUUCCUUCUCAAGUGCACAUCUUUCGGUCUGCCCAUCUACUGUCUAGGAAUCGUCAUGCUUUUCCCAUUCUUGGCAUUCCUGGCCGUCUCGAACGAUUCUUCUGUCGUCCUAACCUGGCUCACAAACAUCAUCACUGCGGCCCAGAUCAUCGACCACAUCGUCAUCUCAGUCACUUACAUCUUCUUCUACAACGCCUGCAAGGCUCAAGGUCUCGACCGCAAGACCCUCCCGUACUGUGGCUGGUUCCAACCCUACGGAUCCUACAUCUCGGCCAUCUUCCUGACCUGCGUCGUCUGCGUGUACGGCUACACCGUCUUUCUACCAGGAAACUUCACUGUUGAUGGCUUCUUCACAUACUACACCAUGGUGUUGGUUGCGCCCAUUACCUUUUUCGGUUGGAAGUUUACCAAGAAGACCAAGUUUGUCAAGGCCUCUGAGGCUGACCUUGUGUGGGAGAAGCCUCAGAUUGACGCCUAUGAGGCUUCGUUUGAAGAGGUUCCUGUUGGUUUCUGGGUGGAGAUUGUUCAGAUGUUUGGACUCAUGAAGAAUAAGCAGGCUACCGUUGUUUGA